UCUCUCUUUCUCUCUCUCUUUCUCUCUCAUUCAUUUUCAAACCUCAAUUUUGUUUCUAUCAUGUACCCUGAAAAACACAAUUAAUUUUUUCAGCAGAAGGUCGUGUUUGUUUGUUUGUUUUUGCUGUGCUUAGGAGCCAUGGGAAAGAGCACCGUUCCUUCUGCUUCUCAAAGUGAGGAUGAUGUUGAAGAAAAUGAAGAAAUGGGGAUUGCUGAAAUUGCACCAAAAGUAUUAUUUUGUUCUUCCAUCUCUCUCACCGCUGAAGAGAUGGAAUGCUUAAGCAAUGCGGGGACUGGUCCUAAUGAAGAUCCAACUAAAGUUGGCGGAAAAGUUUUGAUGAGAGAGGCUUUUGACGUAAAGAAAGGUUCUGAAGCAACAUCCUCAAAGGUUGAUCCUUUUCAUAUCGCACCUAAUCCAGCGGAUGAAAAAAAUCAUUCCCAGUGGCAUGGAUUUAUUAGGAAAAUUAAGAAAGGGCAGGGAAUGAGCCUGCAUACAUUCCACCCUAGCAUACCUUCUCUACCCACCAUGAAGAAGGCUCCAAAGAAAAGAAUUAGGAAGAGUUUGCCCAGCCUGCCUCCUCAAAUAGAUGGAGAUCUAGUAUCAAAUUGCUUCGAGACUAAUUGGACAAGUUUCAGCCUUGCUGAGCUACAGAAAAUGACUGACAACUUUAGCUCCGAGAAUGUGAUUGGGGAGGGAGGUUAUUCUGAAGUGUACAAGGGAAAUUUGGAAGAUGGGCGGCUAGUGGCAGUUAAGAGACUGAUAAGGGGAAGUCCAGAGGAGAUAACGGCAGACUACUUAUCUGAGCUUGGAAUUUUGGUACACGUCAACCAUCCCAACAUUGCUGGUGUUAUCGGCUAUGGAGUUGAAGGGGGAAUGCACCUUGUCCUACCGUUGUCUCCUAAUGGGAGCUUAGCAACUUUGCUUAAUGACCAGAGUGAAAAACUACUUUGGCAGUCAAGGUACAAUAUUGCUUUAGGUACUGCAUCAGGCCUGUCAUAUCUUCAUGAGGCAUGUCAGAGAAGAAUUAUCCACAGGGAUAUCAAGGCUGCUAAUAUUUUGUUGUCACAAGAAUUUGAGGCUCAGAUAUCUGACUUUGGGCUAGCAAAAUGGCUCCCAGAGCAAUGGAGUCACCUCACUGUAUCUCAGUUUGAAGGCACAUUUGGAUACCUCCCUCCCGAGCUCUUCAUGCAUGGAAUAGUUGAUGAAAAAACUGAUGUCUAUGCUUAUGGGGUGCUGUUGUUAGAGAUAAUUACGGGCCGCCAAGCUUUGGACCAAUCACAUAAUAGUGUAGUUAUGUGGGCUAAACCUUUUCUGCUCCAGAGAAAUAUCGCUGAGCUGGCUGAUCCAGCUCUUCAUGGAGUGUAUGACUUAGAACAGAUGACUUGCAUGGCUUUGGCUGCUUCUUUGUGUAUACAACAGUCUGCUGCAGACCGACCUACGAUGAGCAAGGUUGUGAAAAUGCUAACAGGCGAAGAGGACGUGUUGCAGAUCACUGCACAAUUUCAUAAGCGAAUGGAUGAAUUCAACGAACUACUUGACACGCAAUCAAGUUCAUCCGAUGGAUCUUAGACUGUAAGUGACACAAACGAAGUAGAAAAGAAUGUUUGGAAUUGACUCCUUUCUGUGGCAGCAACUGAGGAUGUUUUACUGAGAAAACUCUUGGAUUUCGAAACGUACGUUUUUCAGUUCUGGACUUCAUUUAAGCAUUAUAGAACUCUCUGAAAUUCACAGUAUGAAGGUUCAAACAUGUAGAUGGAUAAGAGAUCAGAAUUGAUUACAGUGGCGUUGAGCUGCUUAAUUGCAUUCAUUUUUGAGGUUUACUUUUAUUGAUAGAAGAGAUGAAAUGCUAAACUCCCUUUGUAUAGUGUUAUAGGUAGUUUAGUUUCAGGCUUUCUGUGAACACUCUUUCAAGGUUUUCAAUGAUUAA